AUGGUUCAUCUCAAGUUGAUCUUCGUUUUAACUCUAAUCUCUUUCCAUUUUUGUGACCUCGUUCAAGCUAAGGGAGAAGUAUGUUCUUACUUGGAUCAAGGAGGCAUCAUAGAUAUCCCAGCUCAACCAAAACCCCAAAUACCAUCCCAACCAAUCCUUGAAAAAAAGAACGACAAACAUCGAUAUGAGAAAUCAGGAUCACGAAAUGUAACUUCUGAGGUUCCAGCAAUUCAGUUAUAA